AUCCCACAGGGGACAGGAUCCCAAAUCCAGAUCCCACAAGGAGGAUCCCAAACCCAGAACCUACAAGGCACAGGAUCCCAAAUCCAGAUCCCAGCAGGACGAUCCCAAACCCAUAACCCACAAGGAGCAGGAUCCCAAAGCCAGAACCUACAAGGGACAGGAUCCCAAAUCCAGAACCCACAAGGAGGAGGACCCCAAAUUCAGACCCUACAAGGACGGACCCAAAUCCAGAUCCCACAAGGGACAGGAUCCCAAAGCCAGACCCUACAAGGAGGAUCCCAAACCCAUAACCCACAAGGAGGAGGAUCCCAAAUCCAGAUCCCUCAAGGGACAGGAUCCCAAAUGCAGAACCUGCAAGGAGGAUCCCAAAUCCAGAUCCCAGCAGGAGUGGGAUCCCAAAUGCAGAUCCCAGCAGGAGGAGCCCAAACCCAGACCCUACAAAGGGCAGGAUCCCAAAUCCAGAUCCCACAAGGAGCAGGAUCCCAAAGCCAGACCCCACAAGGAGGAUCCCAAAUCCAGAUCCCAGCAGGAGGAUCCCAAACCCAGAUCCCAGCAGGAGGAUCCCAGAGGCAAAUGGUACAAGGAGGAAGAUCCCAAAUUCAGAUCCCAGCAGGAGGAUCCCAAAUCCAGACCCUACAGGGCUCAUCCCAAAUCCAGAUCCCAUCGGGAUCAUCCCAAAUCCAGAUCCCAUCGGGAUCAUCCCAAAUCUAGACCACACAAGGAGGAUCCCAAUCCAGAACCGACCAGGAGGAUCCCAAAUAAUCCAGACCCUACAAGGAUCAUCCCAAAUAAUCCAAAUCCCAUCGGGAUCAUCCCAAAUAAUCCAGACCCUACAAGGAUCAUCCCAAAUAAUCCAGAUCCCACCGGGAUCAUCCCAAAUAAUCCAGAUUCCACCGGGAUCAUCCCAAAUAAUCCAGACCCUACAAGGAUCAUCCCAAAUAAUCCAGAAACCACAAGGAUCACAAGGAUUAAAAAAACAAAAAAUUAA